AGCGUAGGUAGAUUCGAAGCUAUAUGAUAGUGUAAGACAUAAGUCGAGCUAGACGGUGCACAAGCUGUACCUAUCCACUGCCAAGUCCCAAUUAUUCCGUCGUUUAUAUAUAGCAGAAUAUCUUCGCCGCAGCCUUGGAAGCUCUAAGGAAAUCGGAUCCUUAGCUAAACGUUACUAUACCUAGACUGUUACAAGUUACGGUGGAGAUUUAUCCUACGAUUCCAAGUUAUAAGCGUGUCUACCCGCCGCCUCCCCCUCGUCACAAGGACCCGACCUUCUCGAGAUACGCCCGGACUUAUAUAACUAUACUCUCACCAAUAAACACCAUCUCACAACGAUUAUCAUGAACCCUUGGGAAGAGAGUGCGCUGCAAUACCGAUACCAGGAGAAUGGAGCGUUUACGGGAGUGUCGGCUAGUAUUGCAAUGGACCCAAAAGAUACUGUACACGACAAUAUAAUCUAUCCUGGACUCUAUGCCCCAAGUGGCUUUGAUAUGAUGAGCAUACUCAUACGAGUCAUGACAAGGCCAAAUCCUGUCAUCGAACUCGGCCCCAUCGACGCCUCCUGCGCCCUUAUCAUGUGCGACCUCCAGCAACAAGACUACCCCAUAGUCUACGCCUCAGGCCCUUUCACCGAGCUAACCGGCUACUCGCCCUCCGAGGUGAUCGGGCUGAACUGCCGCUUCCUCCAAGCGCCAGGCGGGAGAGUCCGAAAACAAUCAAACCGCAAACACGUGCACAAGGACGUCCUCAAGACGAUGCGGCGAUCCGUAGAAGCGAACGAAGAAGUGGCAGUCGAGGUCGUCAACUUUAAGAAAAACGGAGACCGGUUCGUCAACGUGCUGGCCAUGAUCCCGGUCCGCUGGGACAGCGAGAUCCCGCGGUACUCGGUGGGCUUUUUGGCCGAGAAGACUUGGUGAAGCUGUCGUCUGUCGGA